ACGAACAAUCUUUAACUUGAUUCACUUUCACUGGGUGAUGGGAAGAACUGCGCCUGUGCACAGCCGCGUGGAGCCGCAUUACUGUAAGCACAGCACUCUGGAAAGCUGAGGCAGGAAGACUGCUACCUGAGCCCGAUGUGUGCAGAUUAGCACACACUCAGAUUAGCGACACGCUCAGAAUUUUAAACAUAAAGGAGUUGGAGUUGUAAUUCAGAUCUGAGGGCCCUGGAUUCGAUCUCUAGUUCGUAAAACUGGUCCUUGGUGGUCUCGUCAAAGCCGAAGCCGGAACCUCGCGCGAUCCCGGAGGUGGCAGCACAGAACCACGGAGUAUGAUCCCUUCGCGUCGCCGUAGGCGCGGCUGGCGGUUAAGCGCGCACGCGCUGCGGCGAGGCCUCCGCGCUGGGCUCGUCCCGCCACUUCGCCGGUGCCAGGCACGCCCAUGGCGUUUUUGAGGUGACGCUGCGACAGCGACUCCCGGCGGGCGGAGGCAACACCUAUGAACCCUUCGGCGGCUUUCCUCGCCCGGCGCCAGAACAUCGGGUCAGAAGGUGAGAAUUCCACCAUCGAGAAACAGCGCAAGGAGCUGCAGCUGCUCAUUGGAGAAUUAAAAGACCGGGAUAAAGAGCUCAAUGACAUGGUGGCGGUGCAUCAGAGGCAGCUGCUCUCUUGGGAGGAGGACCGGCAGAAAGUGCUGACUCUGGAGGAGCGGUGCAGCAAGCUGGAAGGUGAGCUGCAUAAAAGAACAGAAAUAAUCAGGUCGCUCAUGAAGAAGGUCAAAGUCCUGGAGUCCAAUCAGAUGGAGUGUCAGGCCACACUGCAGAAGACGCAGCUCCAGCUCCAGGAGAUGGCGCAGAAGGCGACACACUCGUCCCUCCUCUCUGAAGACCUUGAGGCUAGAAACGAGAACCUCAGCAACACGUUAGUGGAACUUUCUGCUCAGGUGGGACAGUUACAAGCUAGAGAGCAGGCUCUCACGACAAUGAUAAGGCUCAAGGACAAGGAUAUUAUUGAGGCGGUCAGUCACAUCGCAGACUGCUCGGGGAAAUUUAAGCUGCUAGAGCAUGCUUUGCGUGAUGCUAAGAUGGUGGAGAACUCUAUCGUGAAGGAAAAGCAGGAUUAUAAGCAGAAACUGAAGGCACUCAAAGUUGAAGUCACUAAGCUGAAAGUGCAGGUAUGGCUUCAGCUGAAACUGGAAUCAUGUCCUGAGCCCGUGGACCCCCCCCUUCCCCCCCAAUGUGGAUCAGCAUCACUAGUGCCGAGCUGGGCCAUGCCCUGCAGGCUGCCCGGGUGGGGGACUGGAGUAAAAGAAGCCAGCUGUGUCAGUGUAGAGGACCUGAACGAAAAGACGACAGAAAACAACGAACAGCGGGAGGAGAUCAUUCGCCUCAAGCAAGAGAAGAACUGUCUGCAUGAUGAGUUGGUCUUCACUGUAGAGAGAGAAAAGAGGAAAGACGAGUUACUGGACAUUGCCAAGUCAAAGCAGGAGCGGACAAACUCAGAACUUCACAAUCUCAGACAGAUUUAUGUAAAACAACAGAGCGAUUUGCAGUUUCUUAAUUUCAAUGUGGAAAAUUCUCAGCAGUUUAUACAGAUAUGUGACUCGAAGAUGGAAGAACCAAAGACUCUGGAAUCCAGCAGAGGCCUGUGUCUAUCAGACCUUGAAAGUAGCCACCCCAAAGCCAGUAUCAGGAGGGAGAAGUCACCACUUAGGGACAACUUCGAUGCCAUGUUGGCUCAGCAGAAUCGGUCAGAGAAAAGCUCUUGCAAUGCUUGUAAAGAGAAGAAGCUACAGAUCAGCACCUCGUUUGGGGAGAGAAAUGUGAUUACCCUCUCAUCUAUGUUUACCAAAGACUUAAUGGAGAAACAAAAGCCUCGGCCUCUGGGUGGAAAAUUCUUGAUUGAACCUGAAAGCAAAAUCACGUCAUGCAGGGUCCACACCAAAUCCCCAAAAAAUGAUGGAACUGGGCUCCAGGGUGCAGAGACACAGCCCUCAGUCGGGUGCCGGCCAGGAGCAGAGGACAGGUGCUGGCAGGACGGCGACAUUUGCAUGGGCCUGGCCGGCUGCUCCGCUCCCAGGCAAGCAGAAAAGCUGGACGUGGAAGGUCGUGAGCCCCUGGCCAGCUCCGAGACCCGGUGCUGCCCAAAAAGCGAAGGCUGCCUGGAUGACGGUGACCUGUGUGACCCCACAUGCUGCCACCCAAGUAACUUUGUCAUCGAAGCCCCUGGCCACAUGUCAGAUGCAGAGUGGAUAAACAUUUUCAAGCCUUCCAAAAUGCAAAGAAUCGUGCACCACAAAACCAUAUGCACUUGUGUGGGGAGUGUCGCUGGAGACAACUAUAACUCCUCAGCAAGCGACCUGGCCACCAUCCAGCACUCCUACAGUUUGGGUUCCCCAAAGGCUGCCCCCGCCAAGGAGGAUGAGGCUGCGGCCUCUUCUGAGGAGAAGAGCGAGAACACACCCAAGGGCCUGUUAAUCAGCAAAGAGGCAGCGCUGUCCAACCAGAAGGACGACUUCUCGCCAACGAGCAAGCUGCAGCGGCUGCUGGCCGAGUCCCGGCAGAUGGUCACCAACCUGGAGCUGAGCACACUGCUGCCCCUCGGCUGCCAGGACCACCAGGACCUCGGUGGCAGCGCUAGAAGCAGCUUAGACGUCUCAGAAGAGGCAGUUCAGGAGAACACCUUCAGCAGGCCCUGAAGAAAGCCAAGGGAACCCCAGUGUCCUCGCGCCCCGGUAAGUCACCUUCAACUUGUCCCUUGUCACCAUGCAGCAGGCUGAUGUUUAAUGAGUAACUGGGGAGACUGAUAACGGGGAGCGGGGCUCCCGUCGCAGCUUCCCAGUGGCUCCCACAGAGAGAUCCCUCUGUGGGGUUUGGGUUUGGACUCUCUGCCAAGCAUGCACCCUGUAAACUCUCUCUGGGUCCAGCUUUGAUGCUGUCCGACCCCUUUCUGGUGCGGUUUCUUCAGGCUCGGAGCUGACAGAGCACAGACCUGGCCCCGGCCCGGCCUCCUCCUCCGGCCUCUGCUAAGUCCCCAAGCUGGAGGGGACCGCGGGUGCUCCACAACAGCUCAGACACCGAGCCGGAGCUCAUGACUUCCAUCCUGUGCCUGCCCCCCAUGCUGAUCCCUCCAUUCCUGCCAUCUGGGGCCCCCUCUAAAUUCAGGAGGCCGGGGCCCCCCUGCGUGACGUUCAGUGCCCAGGGGAGCAGCGCAGGUUCGGCCCCUCCAUGCCAUCUGUUUCCAGUGAAGAGCCGUCCUGUGGCCUAGUCAUCGGUGCCAGCUGGGGGUGAUGCCGAGGGGAAGAGGACCCAGGAGACACAGGUGUAGGCAGUGCCAGCUCGCAGGCUUUGGGGUGCCUGGCAGAGCCCCGUCUUGCUGGGCCUGGGACCAUCCUUCUGGCCACUCACACCAACCACAGUGUGCUGGGAGAUGAAUUAUCACACGGAUUUUUUUUAUAUUAAAGAAUAAAACACAUUUUACCUUGUAUUUUAAUUUUUGAAGGACUGUAUGUCUGUGUCCCUUCUAAGAGAACCGAUCCAUUUCAGCCAAUAAAAAAUAUUUUUAAUAGUAAAUGAAA